AUGCCCAAGUAUGCUAAGUUCUUAAAGGAACUCCUCUCUAAUAAUAGGAAGCUUGAGGAAGUGUUAAUGGUGCAACUGUCCAAAAAGAGCUCAGCGAUCAUUCAAAUGAGACUACCAAAGAAGCUAAAAGACUCAAGGAGUUUUACUAUCUCUUGCUUUAUUGGUAAUUUAAAUGUUAAUAAUGUACUUGCUGACUUGGGGGCUAGCAUUAGUGUUAUGCCUUAUAAUUUAUUCAAGAAACUAGAAAUUGGAGAACCUAAACCAACACUCAUGAGUGUUCAACUGGCGGAUAAAUCUAUUGUAUAUCCUAGUGGUAUCAUUGAAGACUUGUUAGUAAAGGUUCAAGAGUUUAUUUUUCCUAUGGAUUUUGUGAUUAUGGAUAUGGAUGAAACUAUCAAUGUUUCUCUUAUUUUAAGAAGACCCUUUUUUGCUACAGCUAGGGCCAUCAUUGAUGUUAAUGAUGGUAAGCUUACUCUUAGGAUAGAGGAAGAGUAA